CAUGUUGAUUUUAAAAAAUGUCAGCUGUUGCACAAACCGUGCAUUAAUAGGACAGUUUUCUAUGGCAGCAAUAAGGAACAUUUAGUGUUGCUGAAAAUCUGAUAAAAUAUUAGCUUACUAUAGUAGAAAUAAUUUGUAGAAAUCAUGCAGGUGGACCUUUUGUAAAAGGAAGUGUUUUUAUUCCCUCCACAAAGGGAAGGAACCAGAUAAAAUGUUGGGUAAAUCAAAAUUACUUUCAUUUAACAUUAAAUAUGACCAUUUUACUUGGUGACAUUUAAGAAAAAAAAAACCCAAAUCUGAUUUUUGCUGCUACAAAAAGUUUACCAAUAAAGGGAUUUUCAAAUGCAUGCACAACAAAACCCACUUGGUUUCACAAUAAUAAACAAUUUACAAAAAACAUCUGUUUUUUAAAUAAAAAUCAAAUGACUUGGUUUUAUUUGAAUGUUGGAUCUUUAGCUUUUUUUGGUUCAUGGUAAAAAAGUUAAUUGGGUCUAAAUUGAUGCCAGUUCAGUUAGAUAAAUGAUGCAAGUUUUAUUUUUUUUGGAUUUCACUUUAAAUUAAAAGCUUUCAACAUGCUGAAAAUCAUGCAAAAAAACCAACAAAUGAACACAUUCCAGGAGUACAGGAAAUUAAAUAUCUGCUUAAACACAUCAUUUACAAUAACAGUCAUCCAGUUUGAUCUUUCUUUGAAUAUAAAUAUAAAAGUGCAGAAAGGUGCAAACACCAUGCUGUAUUAGUCAUGUGUUUAAGUCAUAAAUGUAUCUGCUGAGAGUAAAUUUAGCAACAGGUGUCAUAUCUCCUUUAUUGCUGCCAGAGCUGCAGCCACACAAACAGUUCAGUCCGGUCUGACUCUUAAUGGCGCUGGGUGAAUCCAUGAAUGUUUUGUUCUGGUCUGACUCUUAAUGGCGCUGGGUGAAUCCAUGAAUGUUUUUUUCUUUAACGUGUUGUACUGGAAAAGCUGAGAAUCUGCUCUGUCGCUGCAGGGAGCCAUGUUGGUUUAAAGCUCUGCUUUCAUUCGUCUGUUUUUUUCUCAAACCUUCAACAGCUUUAAAUCUGAUGCAGCAGUUCGGCUGAGCAAAACAAGACUGGCGGUUUGUUUUCCUUUGGAUGCGAUGAAUCCUAGUGGAUAUGUGUUGGAGGAAGAGGAUGAUGAGGAAGAUGCAGCGGUUCAGUACAUGAUUGAGCAGAGUCUGCUGGAGAGCAGCAAGCAGAGGGAAUCCCGCAGAGCGUCGUCAGCAGGAAACGAGCCGAGCGCCGAUUCAGGAUCUUCCAACAUCUCCAAGAUCUUCUCUGCUAUAAAACAAGGAAACGAGAAGCUGCUGAAGGAUUUUUCUGUCCGGCUUAAAGACGAGUUUCUGCGGAGCGACAGCCGAGGCUGGACGCCUCUCCAUGAGGCGGCAGCUCAGAGCAACCAGGCCGUCCUGGAGAUCACAUGCAGAGCUUCAGGUCCGGACUCUCUGGAGGGCCGGACUCUUCGGGGCCAGACGCCCCUCUUCCUGGCGGUGGAAGGCGGUCUGGUGGAAAACGCCUCGUUCCUCCUGGAGCGCGGCGCUCAGCCGGACUGCCAGGACCAGGACCAGGACGCCCCGCUGUUUGUAGCCAUCCGUUCGGACCGAACCGACCUGGCGAAGCUGCUGCUCCUCCGUGGCUCCAGUGUGAACCAGGCGGGCUGCCACGGCCGCCGGCCGCUCCACGAAGCCUCGCGGGCGGGCAACGUGGAGCUGGUGCAGCUGCUGCUGGAGGCCGGGGCGCGGCCGGACCCACGCAGCAACUAUGGCUUCACGCCGCUGGCGCUGGCCGCGCAGGGAGGACACCUGGAGGUGGUGGAGCUGCUGCUGGGGAAAGGAGCAGACAUUUUCUCUCAGGCGCACGAUGAGGCGUCCGUCUUAUACGAAGCGUCUGCUUCAGGGAACGCGGCCGUCGUCCGUCUGCUGCUGGAUCACGGAGCCGACGCCAACGUGUCCAAUCACAGCGGCCAUCUGCCGAUCCACCGAGCCUCACACAGAGGACACCUGCAGUCACUGAAGCUGCUGCUGCCCGUCACCAACCUGGGAGAUGUGAACGACAGCGGGAUCAGCCCUCUUCAUUCAGCGGCUGCAGAGGCGCACACACACUGCAUCCAGGCCUUGCUGGAUGCGGGUUACGACCCCAACUUCAUGCUCCACCCCUGGAUCCGGCGGAGCUACGACGACGAGAGGAAGUCCGCUCUCUUCUUUGCUGUUUCCAAUAACGACAUGGCGUCGGUGAAGCUGCUGCUGGAGGCCGGAGCCAUGCCCAACCAAGACCCGGUCAAAUGUCUGCAGGUUGCACUCCGUCUGGGCAACUACGACCUGAUCAACUUGUUGCUGCGUUACGGCGCUAACGUCAACUACUACUCCAAAAUAAACACGACCCAUUUCCCCUCGGCGCUGCAGUACGCGCUCAAAGACCAGGUCAUUCUCAGGAUGCUGUGUAACUAUGGUUACGACGUGGAGCGCUGCUUCGACUGUCCCUAUGGCAACAGCUCCCACAUUCCUGAGGACUACGAGGGAUGGACCUGCUCUGUGAUCAAAGAUACUUUGUUCUGUGAGGUCAUCACCGUCUAUUGGCUGAAAGACCUGUCAGGUCACGUGGUUCGAGUGCUGCUGGACUACGUGGAUCACGUGAUGCUGUGUUCCAAAUUGAAGGCGGUUCUCAUGGAGCAGAACCAGUGGACAGACAUCUGCAGACUACAAGAAAACCCCCGGUGCCUGCAGCAUCUCUGUCGCCUGCGGAUCCGUCGUUGUCUCGGCCGCCUCCGUCUACGGUCGCCCGUCUUCAUGAGCUUCGUGCCGCUGCCGGAGCGGCUGAAGGACUACAUCCUGUAUCGGGAAUACGACCUGCUGGGCCGGCAGAGGGGCGGCCCGGGCUGAGGGGAGACGGCAACCAGAACCGGUUAAGAAACAAUAAAGUUAUGGUACAUCUGUUUGUUUUUCUUUUGAUUUCAUCAUUUGUCAUCAUUUAUUUCAUUUUUAACUGAUCUUAUUUAAUAGACGAACAAAAUACAAUGCAUACCUGAUUAAAAAUUAUGCAACGAAUAAAGAUCUUAGAAGUGUGGCAUGCA